AUGCCCGCCAAAACCAAGAUACAUUCAUUUUCGAAGCUGGAGGCAGUCGUAAUACACGAUGCAGAGCCGGCCGAUUUUGAACGAGCGAUCUCCGCCUCAGGCUAUGGCAGAUUCAACGUCGCCCUGUACAUUCUUUCGGCCGCCGCCGGAUGGCCGACGGUCUUUGAGACCACCGCCAUGUCUUACGUCUUCCCCGCCGCCGAAUGCCACCUCAGACUCACCCUCGACCACAAGGGGUGGCUCAACGCAAUCACAUACGCAGGAAUGAUAUCUAGCGCAUUCAUUUGGGGAUACCUUUGCGACGCCUUGGGAAGGAAGAAGCUAUUAAUCAUCGGCUUGUUACUUGAUGGAUUGUUUUUCCUUAUGGCAGCAACAUCUCAGAAUUUUCAGCUGCUCAUGAUUUCAAAAUUUCUAGGUGGAUUCAUUAUUAAUGGUCCGUUUGCGGCCCUGACUGCAUACCUGUCGGAGUUUCACUGUGCCAGAGACAGAGGCAGAGUCCAAAUGAUUCUAGGGACUAUUUUCAGUAUGGGAAACUUAAUUCUACCAGUACUGGCAGUUUUCAUUCUGCCCCUCAAAAUCAACCUGCAAAUUGGCGAACUAGUUUUCCAUUCAUGGAACGUCUAUUUGAUGGUAAUGGCUCUACCUGCCUUGGCUAGUGGUGCAGCCUUCAUGUUUCUACCAGAAAGUCCGAAAUUUCUUAUGGCUAUACGCGAUAACGAAAAUGCUCUGAAGGUAUUCAGGAGAGUGUACAGCAUCAACACGGGUCUACCCGAGGAAGAAUAUCCAAUUCGCUAUUUGCUGAACGAAACUGAGAAGAAUUUUGAGUUUGAAGAUGUGCGGGUAGUGAGAUCUAAGAAACAAGCUCUCAAAGAGGGAAUGAGCAACUUCAAGCCAAUGUUUUCGACGCCAUACUUUUCCAAAAUCAUGUUGGUUUUCCUGAUUCAGUUCAUGAUUAUGAUGAGCUUGAACACAUUACGACUUUGGCUGCCGCAAAUCUACAAGGCAAUGUACGAUCACCAGUUCGAAAAUGAUACGGACGCUAGUCUCUGUGAGAUGCUGGAAAUUUUCCAACCGAAUAACGAAACACUGAACUUCACCAACUGUCAAGUGAGCCCUGAUAACAUCCAAGUUUAUACCAACUCUAUGAUAGUUGCUGCUACCAGCAUCGUAGGUUACAUCAUGGCUGGAACUUUGAUCAACUCGAUUGGAAAAAAAACUUUACUGAGUAUUUUGGGACUGGUAUCAGGCUCAGUAGCGAUGACGAUGUAUUUUUCUAGAAACAUCGUAUCUACGAUUGCAUUGUCAGCUAUGUUUGUGACUUUUGGCAGCAUAGGAAUAAACGUCAUACUGGCAGUAGUUGUUGAUAUUAUACCGACAUCUCUGAGGGCAAUGACUGUAUCUCUCACUAUGAUGUUUGGUAGACUGGGAGCUGCACUGGGAAAUAUGAUUUUUCCUUUUCUUUUAGAAUCCGGUUGUGCCCCACCAUUUUUUUCUGUCGGAUCUGUGAUGCUAGGCUGUGCUUUUUUGGCACAUUAUCUUCCCGAUACGGAUAUGAAAGCUCUACGAUAA